AUUUUUAUGUUAUCAAGUUAUAACUUAAGUCUUGUACAUAUACGGCGACGGGAAUCGUGCGGUUUUAGAACAGCUGAAAAAACGCGCGGUUAUGAUGUACAUAUUGUAUAGUUGUCAGAUAUGACCAAUUACUUAUUGACCAACAAUGUGGGACCUUUAGGAUCAAUAAUUUAUUAUUUUUUUAAAACAGCCAAUUUGCCAUGUGUUCUUUAUUUGCAAUUAGCAAUAUAAUGUAAAAAAUAGACCGCUAUCGGGCACCUAUUACAAAAUAGCAUUGACAUAUUUAAUACCGUAUUUUACUUUUUGUAAGAUCGAAGUUUUGUAAGAAGAAGAAGUUGUGCCAACCGCUUACCCGUCGAUGACAGAACGCCAUCACGAUUUUGAGAUUUUAAACCGCACGAUUCAGAAAAGCGCGGUUCAUUCAUUUGUACAGGGCCUUAGGCUACAAUUAGCUACAAAGCUACAGCUACAAUUUGAUUUGGUAGUGCUACACUUGUAACUUUUCUAAUCUAUGAGCAAUUUUUGCUGUGCAUUUGUCUUGUUUGUUCCUUAUAAUUUUUCGUCAUAACUUUGAUCAAAACAUAAGAUAAAAAGUUUUACUGUGGUGAUAAUUAAUUGAAAAAUUAUAUCGUGUAAUUAAUUUAUAAUAAAAUAUCCCACGUUACGUGACUGUGCUAACUACAGUUGUAUUGCUGAUGUGAUAUUACUGAAAUGUCAUCGUAUAUGGCAGGUGUUUUCGAUUUAGAUUUGGAUGUUGAUACAGUUACAGUUGGAGAUUCUGACGAAGACGAUAUUAUUGAAGUUGAUGAGGUUGAUUAUGAUCCCGAACUUAAUGUGCAUAACAUAGCUGAAUCGGAGUGUUCAGAAACUAUACAGUUAUCAGAAGACAAUGUAAAUCCGGGACAGUGCAAGCGUCUAGGACCGCAAGAUUUUGAAUUAAGAAAAGUGUUAGGAAAAGGUGGCUAUGGCAAAGUAUUUCAAGUACGAAAAAUCACAGGGCCUGAUGCAGGUGCUCAUUUUGCAAUGAAGGUUCUUAAGAAAGCUUCUAUAGUUCGUAAUCAGAAAGAUACUGCCCACACUAAAGCAGAAAGAAAUAUUUUGGAAGCUGUCAAGCAUCCAUUCAUAGUUGAAUUAGUAUAUGCUUUCCAAACUGGUGGAAAACUGUAUUUAAUUUUAGAGUAUUUAAGUGGUGGAGAACUUUUUAUGCAUCUAGAGAGAGAAGGUAUUUUUCUUGAAGACACUGCUUGCUUUUAUUUAUCAGAAAUCAUAUUAGCACUGGAACAUUUACAUAGUUUGGGCAUCAUUUAUCGUGAUCUCAAACCAGAGAAUGUUCUCCUAGAUGCUCAGGGUCAUGUAAAACUAACUGAUUUUGGGUUAUGUAAAGAACAUAUACAAGAAGGUAUUGUUACACAUACAUUUUGUGGUACAAUUGAAUAUAUGGCGCCAGAAAUUUUAACAAGAAGUGGCCAUGGAAAAGCUGUAGAUUGGUGGAGUUUAGGUGCUUUAAUGUAUGAUAUGCUGAUUGGCCAGCCUCCAUUCACUGGUGAUAAUCGCACUAAAACAAUAGAAAAAAUAUUAAAAGGAAAACUCAUGUUACCUGCUUACCUUACACAAGACGCACGCGAUUUGAUAAGACGCCUUAUGAAGCGGUCGGAAACCCAACGCCUGGGCGCCGCCGGCGCUUCUGCGGUGCGCGGACACGCAUUCUUCAAACAUGUGCACUGGGAUGAUGUUUUUAACAGAAGACUGGAACCACCAAUGAAACCAAUUCUAUCAAGUGAAGAUGAUGUUUCACAAUUUGAUACAAGAUUUACUUUACAAACUCCCAUCGAUUCCCCGGAUGAGUCUACACUUAGUGAAAGUGCUAACCUAAUGUUCCAGGGUUUCACAUACGUCGCCCCGUCCGUGCUGGAUGAGGUGCACAAGCCGCGCGUGGUGACGGCGCGCUCGCCACGACGACCACGCUCGCACCACGCGCCCUUCGCCGCUCCCGCCGCCUCGCACGCGCUGCAGGAAGACCUCAUGGAUGUACAAGGUCUACCUAUAUAGCCUAGGAUAAUUCACAUAGUUGACCAUUUUAUACAAAUGAUGAAUACAACAAAAGCUGCCCAUCUUGUAAUAAUGUCCGUAAAAUAAUGGUACUGUUUUAUACUACUAUUGUUAAUGUACAUUUUAUACGAGUUACCGUUUAGUUUAAUAUUUUGGUAGGGUUUUAACACUUAUAAUAAAACGUUCUAACUCCGAUUAUAUUACAGAGUAAAAAUAAUUUAAAAAUAUACCUUGUUACCACGCUUCAUGAAUUGAAUUAAAGGUCAUUUUUAUUUUGUAAUUUGUGUUUGAUUUAUAAACAUUGGCGAUGCAACUUCUUAACACAAAUACAUAGAUUCAUCAACGUCAAGGUGGGAACAUUUGAUUGGCAUUUGUAGCACUUGUCACUGAACAUACAACCUGUUGUAUGUCUGUUUACGUUUGCUGAUCGAGAUUUGUAGCUAUUUACAAAUUAAAUAUGUAUGGUCUACAUUCACAACAAUGGCAAUGCUUGUCAAAAACUUUUGAAAAUGAUAAGGCACAUAAAUAUACAAUGAUAUGAUGGUGCUAAGUCCAUAGCAGAUAUUCUUAUAACUAUUCUGAUA